AUGCAGAACGAAGAGGGUCAGGUCACAGAACUAUACAUUCCUAGGAAAUGCUCUACUACUAAUCGGAUGAUCACAUCAAAGGAUCAUGCCUCUGUGCAAUUCAACAUUGGUCAUUUAGAUGCUGAUGGCAUCUACACCGGACAAUUCACAACCUUAGCUCUCUGCGGUUUUGUUCGUGCCCAGGGAGAUGCUGACAGUGGCGUGGAUAGGCUGUGGCAGAAAAAGAAGGGUUCUUAUUUCCGAUUCCCUACUCCUUUCCAUCUCCUCGCUUGCUUAUUCCCAGAAAGAGAAAAAAUUGUCGCUCAAAGUGAGCGAGAAAGCCCCCUAUACCCAUAUAAAAAAAAAGACCAGUCUUUUAGUCGACCAGACAGUUUGAAUUCGAUGGAUAAGCUAGAUUCGUCUGCUGACGAGGUUGUGAUGAAGCUUGUUGAAAUGGGUUUUGCAAAAUUGGAUGCUUUGGAAGCUGUCAAAGCUGUAGGUAAGUCAUGUGAUGAAGCUGUGGAGUAUCUUUUGAAAAGAACCGGUGGAUUCUCUUCGGCUAGUUCUACAAAGAAUAGUAAUAAUAAGACACUUGGCAAGAGAGCUAUGCCGUCUUCUUUUUCCUCUGGUUCAAUGAGACAGUCGAGUCUCCUUGACCAUUUUAGAUCCGUGGAUCGGAACAAGAAGAAAAGCGACAGCUUUGUGACUACAGUAGUGUCUGAUCCUUCAGAAGAGAUGAUAAAGUCUCUUCCUCUUCCUCAGGUGUUUGCUGAGUCAAGUGGUUGCUCAGAGGGUUCAUCAACGUGGGAGAACAGAGUUAAUUCUAUACUACGAGUCCGGUUUGGUAUUUCGUCUCUGAAGUGUUUUCAAAGGGAGGCUUUGGCAACGUGGGUUGCUCAUAAGGAUUGUCUUGUUCUAGCUGCAACUGGAUCUGGAAAAUCUCUUUGCUUCCAGAUUCCUGCAUUAUUGACUGGAAAAGUUGUUGUUGUGAUCUCGCCUUUGAUAAGCCUGAUGCAUGAUCAAUGCCUCAAGCUGUCAACGCACAAAGUCUCCGCUUGUUUUCUUGGUUCAGGCCAACUUGAUAAUCGCAUAGAACAGAAGGCAAUGCAGGGAAUGUAUCAGAUCAUAUAUGUUUGCCCUGAGACUGUGAUCCGGCUGAUUAAACCACUCCAGAAGCUUGCAAAGACUCAUGGAAUCGCUCUUUUUGCGAUUGAUGAAGCUCAUUGCGUAUCAAAGUGGGGACAUGAUUUUCGUCCGGACUACAGAAAAUUAUCUGUGUUGCGGAAAAACUUUUGUGCCAGCAGUUUAGCAUUCUUGGAAUAUGAUGUACCGAUAAUGGCAUUGACUGCAACAGCUACAGCUCACGUACAAGAAGAUAUUCUUGACUCACUUCACCUUUCAAAGGAAACAAAAACUGUACUUACUUCAUUUUUCAGGCCAAAUUUACAAUUUUCAGUUAAACAUAGUCGAACCAAGUCGUCAGCUUCAUAUGCAAAGGACUUCCAGAACUUGAUUGACUUGUACUCAGGAAAGAGAAAGGCUACCGUGAAAAAGCUAGCAGUAGUCUCACGAGAGUCAGAAGGGCAGAAUGAUUUUGGUUAUAACGAUGCGGAAAACAUCCAUGAGACAGAUAACGAUGAUGAUGAAGAGGACCCAGAAAGCUCUUUGGCAAAGGAAAACAGUUCAAAUGGGAAAGAAAUGUCAGAAGAGAAUCUGGACGACGAAACUGACGUCUUUCAGAGUGUUGAUGAUUGGGAUGUUGCUUGUGGCGAGUUCUGUGCAAAGUCUCCUGGUGAAGUACUGGAUACGCCUGACUUUUCUGGAAAGAAUAUACCUGAUGAAUCUGGACACAAUCAUAGUAACCAGACCAAGGAUCUUAAAGGACCGACAAUUAUUUACGUUCCUACAAGAAAGGAGAGUGUAAACAUUGCAAAAUAUCUCAGUGGGGUUGGACUGAAGGCUGCAGCCUAUAAUGCAUCGUUGCCAAAGAAACAUCUCAGACAAGUUCACCAAGAAUUUCACGAAGAUAAGCUGCAGGUUGUUGUUGCCACAAUUGCGUUCGGAAUGGGAAUUGACAAGAAAAAUGUCCGGAAAAUCAUCCAUUAUGGUUGGCCACAGAGCUUGGAAGCAUACUACCAAGAAGCUGGUAGAGCUGGAAGAGAUGGGGAAUUGGCUGAGUGCGUGCUCUAUGCUAAUCUAUCGAGAGUACCAACACUUUUGCCGAGCCGUAGGAGCAAAGAACAGACAGAACAAGCUUACAAGAUGCUAUCUGAUUGCUUCAGAUACGGAAUGAACACUUCACAGUGUCGAGCAAAAAUACUCGUAGAGUACUUUGGGGAGGAUUUUAGUUCCAAGAAGUGUAACUUAUGCGAUGUUUGCACUGAAGGGCCUCCGGAGCUAGUAAAUGUACGAGAGGAAACUAAUCUUUUGUUUCAAGUAAUCACUGCUUUUCAUUUGCAGGCAGAGAAUAGCUCUGAGCAUGCAUCAUACGAAGAUUAUGGACUCGGAAACAACAAACAGAAGAAGUUAUCCGACAAGCCGAAUCUUCUCUUCUUCAUCAGUAGAAUCAGGGAACAGUCCCAGAAAUUCAUGGAGAUUGAUCGUCUUUGGUGGAAAGGUCUUGCCCGUAUCAUGGAAGCCAAGGGAUACAUCAAAGAGAUCGAUAACAAGUCUCGUCGAGUUGAAAUAGCUUUUAUAGAACCAACAGAGAAAGGGAAGAAGCAACUAAAUAUCGAAGACGACAAGCCACUCUAUGUAUACCCAGAAGCAGACAUGCUGGUUUCAUUGAAACAACGCAAAACAUACAGCGGAUUCUCAUCUUGGGGAAAAGGAUGGGCAGAUCCAGAGAUCAGACGCCAACGUCUAGAGACAAUGAAACGUCCCAGAGAAAGGAAACCACGACGAGAACGAUCACGACAACAACAACGUCCCUUGAAGUUCCAGAAGAAUCUUUCAUGGAAAAGCAAAGAAUAA